AUGGCCGUGGGAAGCACCACAACGUCGACAACAUCCCACGAAGCCAACGAGCAGGGCAUCGUCUCCAAACUGCAACUCCACCAAAGAGCAAUCGAAACAUGGACAUACCUCACCUCAAAAGAAGUGUGGCUGGGCGAUUACGACUACUGGUACCUUGUCACACCCAACAUCCCGCCCUUCAACCGCAAAUACAAGGACAAGGCGAUGCCCUUCUACGGCCUCCACGAUGAAGUACCCAUCCUGUUGACCAUCAUCCUCGGGCUGCAGCACGCACUCAUCAUGAUCGGAUCCGUCGUGUCGCCGCCGCUUGCCAUUGCCUCUGGUGCAUUCAACCUGGACUCGGCUCAAACUUCAUACCUCGUUUCGGCAGCUUUCAUCACGACAGGCAUUGCCACAGCCAUCCAGGUCACUCGACUGCACAUCAAGGGUACCCCUUUCUACAUCGGCACCGGUCUGUUGUCAGUUGUCGGCCCUACAUUCGACAUCAUCGCUGUGGCCAUGUCGUACAGCGACAUGCGGUACAAGAACGGAACCUGUCCAAUCGCUUCCGAUGGGACACAUCUCCCCUGUCCAGAUGCAUGGGGCGCUGUGCUUGGAACGAUGCUUUGCACGGUGUUGAUCCAGAUGGCUAUGUCCCUCGUGCCUCCUCGAUUCCUGAACAAGAUCUUCCCCAAGACUGUCACAGGUUCGCUGCUGCUCCUCGUCGGCGUCUACUUGAUCGGCAACGGCAUGCAGAACUGGGCUGGUUCGUCCAACUGCAAUGGCGGCGAAGGCUACUACGCAUUGUGCCCCAGCAUCGAUGCCCCAAAGCCCUUGCCCUGGGCUGAUCCCAAACUCAUCGGUCUCGGCUUCAGUGUCUUCAUUAGCAUCGUCGUGGUUGAGCAGUUUGGUGCUCCUCUCAUGAAGUCUGCCUCGGUCUUAAUCGGCCUCGCAGUGGGUUGUAUCAUCUCAGGGGCUACCGGCUACUGGUCCAAGCAGAACAUCGAUUCAGCUCCUGUUGUCACAUUCCUCUGGGUUCACACCUUCAAGCUGUCUGUCGAUGGAGCCCUCGUCCUGCCGCUUUUGAUCAUGUUCAUCUGCGAAGGCGUCAGUUGUAUGCCGGAUAUCCUCGCCACUGCUGAGAUCUCUGGGGUCGAUGUCGAAGGUACUCAGUUCAAUAGUCGAAUCCAAGGCGGAAUACUUUGUGAUGGAUUGGGCAGUCUGAUUAGUGCGUUGGGUACCGGGCUGCCUAUGGUCUCGCAAGCUGGAAACAACGGUGUCAUUGUCCUGACGGGAUGUGCGUCUCGUCGAGCCGGCUGGGCGGCGUCUGUCUUUCUCGUGUUGAUGGGUUUCUUUGCCAAGUUUGGAGCCGUAUUCUCAGCCAUGCCUCCUUCAGUGCUGGGUGGCAUGCAGGUCUUCCUCUACAGCACCGUCGCCGUCGCCGGUAUCCGUAUCCUGGGGAUGAUCCAGUUCACCCGACGAAAUCGAUUCAUCCUCACCGUCGCCCUCGGCAUUGGAUUCAUCGACAUCGUCACUCCGACGUGGUUCAACAAGGUUUUGGAUUACAGCUGGCCCAACGUGCAUCUGCAAGGCUUUCUGCAGGGCGUGAAUCUCAUCGUGGAGACGCCAUUUAUCAUUGCGGCCGUCGUGGGGGUGAUUUUGAAUCUUUUGCUACCGCAAGAGAAGAGCGAGAUGGACCAGAUGUUGUUUGGCGCCGCGGAUUCUCGAGUCGUUUCCACUUCCCUUCCUCGAACAGAGGAUCGUGCGGCAGAUAGCCGGCCAUCCAUGUCUUGA